AUGUAAGAAGAAGAGACUGGGAAGACGGCCAGUAUGACGCUGUUUUUUUAUCUGGCCGCAGCAAUUGUUUGGGUGUAUGUUCUGGUUUUCUAUGGUAUGUUCAAAAGUACAAGAUGCUUAAGUUCCGUUAGGCUGAAGGGGAAGACUGUUAUUGUAACAGGAAGCAACACAGGCAUUGGCAAAAGCACAGCACUAGAACUGGCAAAGAGAGGAGGUAGAGUGAUCCUGGCCUGUCGCAACAAGGACAAGGGUGAGGCUGCAGCUUUUGACAUCCGCAAAGAGAGUGGGAAUAACCAAGUGGUAUUCAUGCAGCUGGAUCUGGCCAAUUUGAAAUCUGUUUGCAGUUUUGCUGAAACCUUUCUUAACACUGAACCCAGAUUGGACAUUCUUGUCAACAAUGCAGGUGUAAUAGGUCCUGGAUGUACUGAGGAUGGUUUUGGCCUGGCCUUUGGGGUAAACCACUUGGGCCACUUCCUCCUGACCAACCUUCUUCUGGAGCGACUCAGGCAAUGUGGUCCCAGUCGAGUGCUCACUGUGUCUGCAAUCCUACACUGCUUCGGGAACAUAGACUUCCAUCUGCUGGCGUCACAGAAAGAUGUAGUGCCCAGCCAGUCUACCUGGCACAACUUUCAGGGUUACUGUAACAGCAAACUCUGUAAUGUUCUCUUCACCAGGGAGUUGGCCAACCGGCUGGAAGGCACUGAGGUCACUUGCUACACCCUGCACCCGGGAGUAAUCCACACAGAACUGUGCUGUAAUAUGAGCCAGUGGCUGCGGCUCCUCAUCAUGCCCUUAGCCAAGUUGUUCUUCCUGGACCCUAAGGGAGGAUCUCAGACCAUGCUGUACUGCGCUCUCCAGGAGGGCAUUGAGCCACUCAGCGGGCGUUAUUUUUCAAACUGUGCACUGCGACAUGUUGGAGCCAAGGGCCGAGAUGAUGGUUUGGCAAAGAAGCUAUGGGAAGUAAGUGAAAAGUUAACGGGCUUGUCACAACAUGCCUAAUCCUGAAGCACCAGAGACUGUGCAUAUAAGUUGUCUCCUUAUGACGUCCAGAGUGCGUCUUCAUUUUCCUAUACUUCUUUCAUAUGCUUUAGUAAAGUUGAGGAUCCCUUGAAUGUUUUCUAUAUAUCUGUCUUCUGAUAUCCUGUAUGAUGUCUGCAGAGUUUGUCACUGAACAGAAAUUAAAGAGAUCCUAUGAAGGAUGCUGCAGUAAAACUGAA